AACCGCUGGAUUUAAUUUGUUUAUCACUGAAAAACCACAUCAGUGAUUAUUUUCGUAAAAAUAAAUUGUUGUUGGAUUAUUUUAUCGCUUUCUUCAUCUAGUAAACAUCAACUGAUGUGAAAAAGUGAAAUUAUCUACACAUUCGACAAGUACUUCAAGAUUUUCUUACGAGCUGCUUUUUUUCGUUUAUAAAUUAUGAGGUUCAUUCAAUCGACAAUCAGAAAGAUGGCAACUGUUGAUUUGACCUCACUUCGACUAAAAUAUCGUAGUGAAAAAGACAAAUUUUUGGAAGAAAAUAUUUCUGUGAAAGAACCAUUCCACUUGUUUAAAUCAUGGCUGGCCGAAGCAUGUGAAACGCCUGAAAUUCUCGAACCAAACGCAUUUUGCUUGUCAACAGUUUCGAAAGAUGGUCUUCCAUCUGCGCGAUUCGUUUUGAUGAAAGGUGUCGAGGCCGAUGGCAUAACAUUUUUCACAAAUUAUGGAAGUCGCAAAGCUCAAGAAAUUGAAUCAAAUAAAAAUGUUGCGGCUACAUUUUAUUGGUUGCCAUUGAGACGGCAAGUGCGUAUCGAGGGCAUUGCAUCAAAGGUGUCUCGAGAAGUGUCUGAAGAAUACUUUCAUCAACGCCCACGAGCUAGUCAAAUUGGUGCCGCGGCCAGCCCACAAAGUCAACCGAUUCCAAGCAGAGAUUAUUUAGAUAAAAUUGAGAGUGAACUUAAAGAGAAACUCGGGCCAGACGGUGUUGUUCCAUUGCCAAAUUGGGGCGGAUACAUUAUUCGGCCCAACUUAUUUGAAUUCUGGCAAGGACAAACAAAUCGUUUACACGAUAGAAUCAUAUUUCGAUUGCCAAAACCAGACGAUGAUAAACAUCUUGUUCAUAAUGGGGAAAAUGGUUGGGUUUAUGAAAGACAAGCACCAUAAAAUGCCAGCCGAUGUUCUUGCAGUACAAAACAUCACUAAAACAAAUGUCUUUCAUUGAAAAUUUCAAGAAUUUGUUUUUUUGUUUGUUAAAUUAUGAUUGUUAUCAUUAAAAUAAAACUCUUUUAUGAUGAAAA